UGUGUGGUGCAACAAAUAAAAGCUAGAGAGAGAAACACAAACACAAGUGCAAGUGCAACCAAUAUGUUUCUCUAGUUCUUCAUCUCUAUAAUUCCAAUUCAUAUGAGGAUCAGGAAGCGUUUUUUAUCUCUUUAUGGAGGUGUUACCGCGUUGUCCGAUCUUCACGGUGGCAACCACAACAACCACCAGCAGCCACCACAGCUGGUGCAACAUCUAGAACUGCACCCAAAUGGGAAUCAAUGUCACAACCAUCUUCAGCCAUCUUCCUCCGAUCACACCACGCAGAUCGGACUUCCACCCGAUAUUCGGGGUUCAUCCGGUGACCGCAGCGACCGAAACAAGACCAAGAUCUUUAAGGAGUUGGAGUCUGAUGAGAAGAAACAGCCAAUCAAGACUGACUUCAGGAAAGAAAGCAUCUUGUGUGCAGAAGCAAAGAAUCAUGAUCUUGUUAUGAAAGGAUGGCUUCAAGGAGAUUGCUUGGUUCCAACAAAAAAGAAAAGAGGAAGCUACGGGAGAAGAUUGAACAAUGAUAUUGUGCAAGAUAAUGAGAAGAAUGAUGAUAAAUGUGUGGCAAUGAGUUCAUCAAAGAAGAACAUCAAAAAGGAAAAGAGAGAGGGUGUGAUAAUGGAAGGAUCAAGGUGUAGCCGUGUAAACGGAAGGGGGUGGAGGUGCAGCCAACAAACCCUUGUUGGGUACUCAUUGUGUGAGCAUCAUUUAGGCAAAGGAAGGGUUAGAAACAUGACUAGUACUGCACGGGCACAAGCUAUUGCACGAAAAGAUAAAAAAGCGGAAUCUCCAUCCAUAGAUCAUGACGAGGCUGAAGACGAUAAUGAUGACGAUGAAAAGGAUGAUGAUGAAGAGUUCAAAGAUUGGGAUGUGGAGUCAAUGUCAUCCAUGGAGGGUACGAAGGUAUUCAGUAAAAAGACGAAGCUUGGGGUGGUAAAGGCCAGAUCUUUAAGUAGCUUGUUGAGCCAAUUAUAAGCAGUUAAAGCAUUGUGAUAGCAUGUAUGUUCAAUUAUAGACUGAGGAGAUAUGAUACCGGAUCAGAUAGGCGAUGGGAAUUUGCUUCUUCACAUUCCAAGAGACAAACUGUACAUGUUAGUUUGUUUAAAGCCGUAGUUAUAUUCAUAAUUAUAUCUCUAUGCAACUCUUGUAUUCACUCAUGGACAGCUUCUUUUUCUUUGAUUAGCUAAUAUCUCUAUCAAACUCUAUCAUAUCUCUAUAAUAUAGUGUUGGUGGUGUAUAUUUUUAUAGA